AGAAAGGGAGAGAGAGGAAGAGAAAUGGCUAAUCUUCGUCUAAUAAGCACUCUAAUCACAGUUUUUAUUUACUUACUUUCGGGCAAUAUCAUCAUAUCGUCAGAGAUCCCUAAUAUCGUUUUACCCAAAUCCUUAAACCUCACCCUCAUCACCGAUCCUCCCACCAUCUCCGCCGCCUCUCACGAUUUCGGAAACAUCACCACCGUGACUCCCGGUGGCGUUCUCUGCCCUUCCUCCUCCGCCGAGAUAUCCCGUCUCCUCCGCUACGCCGCCAAUGGAGACAGGAUGUUCCAAGUGGCGGCUCGGGGCCAAGGUCACUCCUUAAACGGCCAAGCCUCCGUCUCUGGCGGAGUAAUCAUCAACAUGACGUGUCUCGCUGACGUGGUGGUUUCAGAAGACAAGAAGUAUGCUGAUGUGGCGGCAGGGACGUUAUGGGUGGAUGUACUGAAGGAAACGGCGGAGAAAGGCGUUUCGCCGGUCUCUUGGACGGAUUAUUUGCACAUCAGCGUCGGAGGAACGCUGUCGAACGCUGGAAUCGGCGGUCAAGUGUUUAGAAACGGUCCUCAAAUUAGUAACGUCCUUGAGUUGGACGUUAUAACUGGGAAAGGUGAAAUGUUAGUAUGCUCGCCACAGCAAAACCCAGAAUUGUUCUAUGGAGUUUUAGGAGGUUUGGGUCAAUUUGGAAUAAUAACAAGAGCCAGAAUUAUUUUGAACCAUGCACCUAAAAGGGUGAAAUGGUUUCAAAUGCUGUACAGUGACUUCACAGCUUUUACAGAGGACCAAGAACGUUUGAUAUCAAUGGCCAAUGAUAUUGGAGUUGACUAUUUAGAAGGUCAACUAAUGAUGUCCAACGGCAUCGUAGACACCUCGUUUUUCCCACCGUCCGAUCAAUCUAAAGUCGCUGAUUUAGUGAAGAUGCACGGUAUCAUCUAUGUUAUCGAAGUAGCCAAGUAUUAUGAUGAUCCCUCACAUCCCAGCAUUGUCCAGGUGAUUGACAAGUUGACUAAAACCCUAAAGUGCCUUCCCGGGUUCAUAUCAAUGCACGACGUGCCCUACUUCGAUUUCUUGGACCGUGUACGAGCCGAAGAAGAUAAACUAAGAUCUUUGGGUUUAUGGGAAGUUCCUCAUCCAUGGCUUAACCUUCAUGUCCCUAAAACUCAGAUUCUCGAUUUCCAUAACGGUGUUAUCAAAGACAUUCUUCUUAAGCAGAAAUCGGCUUCUGGACUUGCUCUCAUAUAUCCCACAAACCUAAAUAAGUAA